CGCAUGUUUGUAUUGCUUGGCAAUAGGUGUUAAGCUGCUGGAUUCAGUCAUUGGAUUCUAAAUUCUUCAAUUUCCUCAAUUUAUUAUAUCAAAUAGCAGGGUUGACGACUCGCACCCAUAUGUCUCUAUUCCCAAAAAUAACGAAGAGGCUAUGCGGCCUGCCGUCUCCCUUGUCCAUCGUAAAUGCGUCCAAGUCGCUGGCAUGUGGACUGCACACGAGUGCGUGGCAUGGGGCGAAAUUCAGCGAUGACCAGGGUGGUAGGACGUGGUUUUUGCGCAAUGAAAAGGUUUUCCCGCCUCAAAAACCAGGAGAGGAGCCUCGACCGGCUUUUGUGUGUCACAUGCGAUCAAACGUGCGGGGCAACUACAAGAACAUGUGGUACCAAGCCUGCUUCGUCAGAGGAAUGACCAUCGAUGAGGCCCUCAAGCAGCUGAGUUUCCAGCGGAAGCAAUUCUGUGCCGAUAUAAAGGAGGUGCUGCUCGAGGCGCAAGAAAAGGCAGUCAAAGAGCAGGGGGUCGAGUUCAAGAGCAACCUUUGGAUAGCGGAGUCAUUUAUUUCCAAGGGAAGUCACAUCAAAGGAAUGCGGAGGCACGCUCGGAUGCGGAUGGGUGAGAUCCGGUAUCAGUACAACCACUACUACGUACGCUUGGAGGAAGGCAAACCGCCGGCAAAUGUGUACAAUCCCCAACCUAGCGGCGAAGAGAUGUUGCAAGAGUGGUUGGAGAGAAUGAGAAAGAGAUACGUUCGCAUUUCUUUCUAGGUUUUCAAGUGAUAAUAAAUUAGCAUACAUCUUGUAAAUAAUUCUUAGU